AUGGAUUCCUUCAUCUCUGAAUGCAGUAAUAGUGUGAGUACGACGACAGCAGAGGAGUGGAAGGAAGGCGAGCGGAACAGUUUACCACUCACUCAUCUUUUCGUUGAGUUAACAUCUCUGGAGGAAUUAAGCUUUCCAACUAGUUCAUCUACUCGAAUUAAGUUUACUUGUUUGGAUGCAUCUGCUCAUUACUUAGCUGUUGGGUCGACAAGUGGAACAGUGUAUCUGUUUUCAAGGUUUGCUUCGAAGUGUCGGAAUCGCAUCAGUUCUGUUCCAAUACAAGUUAUUUCCAUCAAGGAUGGACCUAUUAAUAAGUUAUCUAUAUCACCUGAUGAGAAAUACUUGGCAACGUCAAGCAAACGAGGUUCCCUGACAAUUACUGUUCUUGUCGGUAUUGGCCGAAAUCCUACUACGCUUUUUUCUAACGACAGUCAUGUUGGCACAGAUGAGUGUGGCCAACCGAUCCGUAUCACAGAACUUCGUUGGUGCAGCGAUAGUUCUAAAGUAUAUGCUGGAGACACAAAAGGACGCAUUAGUCAAACUCUAAUUCAUAACCGCAACUUUUUUCGCUCACCAACUGAUAUUAUAUUUGAAACAGACAGUGAAAUUGUUCAGUUUGAUAUACGUGAUGAUUGCCUGCUUGCCUCUACCCUAACGCGUUGCUGUGUUUGUGAUUUGAAGACUUACAGUUGUAUUCAGGUGGGAAAAAGAUUAAGAAAAGGUCAUUUUGGCGCUGUAUUCUUUUCCGACCAACAAAAACAGAAAUCGCGAUAUACAGAAGGGAAUAAUUGCACGACACCGAUGAAUACAGGAUGUAACGAGUUGACGGUAAUUUUCGCAAGUCGUCCAAACGGUCGAUUAUGGGAGGCUAACGCUCGCGGUGUAGUUUACAGCACCCAUCAGUACCGAAAUUUGAGAACUGUUUGUCGAUUUCCUGUGGUCUCCUUCAAGGAAGAUGACUUGUUUGACAGCAUGGCUAAUGUUAAUGAAGUUCGGAGUAUCAAUUUUGGGCUUUUGACACUGAUCAAAUGUCAAAAUACUUUAUUUUUGAUGACAAAGACGGAUACAACGUUUUGUUUAAUCGAUCCCAUGGACAGUCAUAUGGUGCUUAUGAGCAUGGUGGAUUGUGUAGAUUCGGUGAGUGAAUAUGCAGUAAACGAUGCUGAUAUCUUUCUUUUAUCGAAAACAGGUGGUUUACGGAAAUUGACAUUGUUUACGGUUGAGAAGGCUAUAGAAAAACUUCAUUGGAGGCAGUGUUAUUCGCAGGCUGCACAAUUAAUUUACGUAGAUUAUAUCAUGAACAAGAAUUACAACUCACUAAAUAUAUGGAAUUGCGAGCAGUUGGAAGAUAUCCUAAACAAAAUAGCACCUCAUUGCUUUAAAUCACGCAUGACACAUAAUAUGCUCGAUGCUUUGCACAAACUUCUGGGUGAAUUGAAAAAAAGUGGAAGUAUUGAAGGGAAACCAAAAGCAGCAGUUCAUCGGUUGAGUUCAGGUAUUCAUCGUGUCAUUCAAGUUAUGCAAAGUAGUGGUUGUGAGGAUGACUUCACUUUUAGAGCACCAUCACCUCUGCGAUUAAGGAGCAAAAGCACUCUGCAUAUUGAAGCGUAUGAUUUUGUUGCAUGA